CCCGGCGCCGCGGCCGCCGCGUGUGUGGACGCGGUGCUGGGCAGCCGCGGCGGCGCCAACCGCGUCUUCGAGAUCCUGGAGCUGCUGGCGGCCGAGGAGGAGGAGGCCGUCGCCUGCGCCGUGCGCGCCUGCCGCCGGCUCUUCGGGGCGCUGCUGGAGCGCGGCGAGCUCUUCGUGGGCCCGCUGCCCGCCGAGGAGGCCUCCCUGGCCGGGAGCUGCAGCGCCGAGGACAAGUACAAGAUCUGGAUGCGGCACCGCUACAGCAGCUGCCUGGGCUGCUUGUCGGAGCUGCUGGGACACGAGUCCUUCCAGGUCAAGGAAUUAUCGCUCUGUACCCUCAUGAGGUUUGUCGAGUUGGAGGCACAACAUCCUUUAAUCGAAGCAGAGUGGAAGGGGGGUUUCACUUUUCCUCGUGAGCUUCUUAAGAUAGUUGUUGAUGGAUUAAUUCCCUUAUACGAGGAUGCUUCGCUCCUGAUCUCUCGCUUCCAAGAAUAUAUGGAGUAUGAUGAUGUUCGGUACUUUGUGAUGAAGGCAGUCACGGAGAGUAUUGGACAAGUCAUGCAGAAGACAAAAGAGAGGCCACUGCCAUUAUACCAGCAGAACAUAUUUUCCCUCAUUUCACCUAUUAACAUGCCAAACAAAGAACGUGACAUGGUCAAGUUUAUGGUGAAGCAAGAUAACCGGGAGGAGUGGAAAGUGUCGAAGCUGCAGGCACACAAGCAGGCGUUUGAAAAGAUGUGGCUCAGUUUUUUGAAGCACAAGCUACCUACUGGCCUUUACAAAAAAGUUCUUGUUAUUCUGCAUGACUCUGUUCUGCCUUAUAUGAAUGAACCCACUCUCAUGAUAGACUUCCUGACAGUGGCCUAUGGCAUAGGUGGAGCGAUCAGUCUCCUAGCCUUAAAUGGGUUAUUUAUUCUGAUUCAUCAGCAUAAUCUGGAAUAUCCAGACUUUUACAAAAAGCUGUACAAUCUUCUAGACCCAUCUAUAUAUCAUGUGAAGUAUCGAGCCCGAUUUUUCCAUUUGGCUGAUCUGUUCUUGUCUUCAUCUCAUUUGCCAGCGUACUUGGUAGCAGCGUUUAUAAAGCGUCUCUCCCGGCUGGCCCUCACUGCUCCUCCUGAAGCUCUACUCAUGGUCAUUCCCUUCAUCUGUAAUCUCUUCCGGAGGCACCCAGCAUGCAAAGUGUUAGUACACAGACCUAAUGGGCCAGAAGAUUUAUCAGAAGAUCCAUAUAUUAUGGAGGAGGAGGAGCCAUCUGAAAGCAGGGCUUUGGAAAGCUCCCUCUGGGAGCUACAGUCUCUACAAAACCAUUAUCACCCAGAUGUGGCCCAAGCAGCUGCUACCCUGAACCAGUCACUGUCAGAAAUAGAGGACGACAUAUCGGGGCUCUUGGAACUCUCUGCUUACGAGCUUUUUGAUAGAGAAGUAAAGAAAAUAACCACUGAUGUGCCCCUGGAGUUUGAGCCAGUGAGAGGUUUGUUUGGGAAGAAGAAUGAUAUCUUUGCAGCGCACUUCACCUUAGAGUGAUAUGAUCUCUGAUAAGCACAUCUGCACAACUGAUUGACCUUGGGGACAUGCCCAAAGCACACAUGCUCUACUGGAUAUUUCUGUCUUUGAAGUAUCUCCGUGUGGUGAGAGCUGAACUGCUUGAGAAAGAUGGUGCCUUCUUUAAUGACCUUUGCCAGUACCCACAGAUGGACUUUUCCUCUUGGCUGCUUGUUUCUCACUCUUGCAUAUUGCUGCCUGAUGCUUGGGAGAGACUUUGAGCAAAGUUUUCUGGAGGUAUUUGUGUCUGGGAUGCCAGUGCUUUUCUCUGAAGCAGCUGGUGCUGACUGUGAUCAGUGGCUGUGUGGACAGAUCAUCCUGCUGCGCUCAUAUGGGACUGCGGAAGCUGUGGUCUCUGACAGCUGCUCUUGUUCUCCAGCUGUGUUAGAUUUACAUUAGAGUUGGUAACUUGCUUGUAGCAAGUGACCUUAAUGUAUAGCUGUAAACCCUGAUGAUACUUUAGUCAUUUUUAUAAAGUAUUAGAAGUAUAUAUUUUAUAUAUACUUUUUUAACUCACCUCUUCUGGGAGAUAUUUAACUUUCAUGUAUCAGUCUCAACACUCCCAUGUUCCGGAUGCUGGAAGCUUAGGUUUGUCAAAAACAACUCAGAUCAUGCUCAGUAAUUUAAUUUCUGAUGUGUUGCAUAUGUUCCUUCGUGUACAUCUGUCUCAUGUAAAGUUGCCUAAUUUGAAAAUGAGCUUUGAAAAUGAGCACAAUUUCAGUGAUUGCUCUGGGGAUCUACCUGCUCACCUGAAGUGCAGUGGGAGGUAGGUCUAAUCCAUGAUUUUUGCUUCAGAAUGAUAAGCAGCUUAAUGGAGUUUUGCUUGCAGCUUGCAAGCAUCAUAGGAACUGUGGCAAAUGUAUACCCAGGUGCCAAUCAAGUUUUAACUAGCAUCCACUGGUGCUAGGUGGCUUUGUUAAUUCAUAUUUUUCCUAUAUUUUGAGAACUGAUGCAGAAAUUCCUUCUGAUAAUGUUUCCCAAAAUGUUAAGUGUUCUACCUGGGUUCCAGAUAGACUCACUGAGCACUUGUUUCCUCUUGUCAUUUUUAAUAAUCUAUUCUUGUCUCGCUAAGUUUUAACUCCACUUACAGUAUUUUGAAAUCAUAAUUUGUGAAAGAGAAAAAUAUAGUCCAAGUGAAACCAAAGAAAGCUAAUUUCUGGCAGACAAGACUGCUUAAGUUGAGGGAAACUCCAGCUGUCAUAAAGACACUAGGUGUUAGGUUUUCUUCAUCUGGUUUUCUUCAUGCUGUCCAAACAACAAAUAGAUAAAGGACCAUGUAUUUUUAGUGAAAUCAUUUUCUCAUCAUAUCUUGAACAUCCCCAGAGUAUUGAGCUGUACUCUCUGUGUUCUCUUUGAUACUUUUUAAUUCAAGUGGGGGGAGAAGGGGAAGGGGAAGUGUUCAGAAUCCUUAUCUGCUUUUUUGAGAAUCUCACUCUGUUGUUCUGCUUUGUGAAAAAGCAGGUCUGUCCUCCCUGGCCAGCCUGCUUUUCUUUAUCCUUUGACUUCCGGUAUCUGGUAAGAAGGUAAAAUGGUUGAUGCUAGCUUCCAACUUGAGAGUUCACCCAGAGCCUUGUGUUUCAGCUCUAAAAUGCAUUUCCCUGUAUCAUGUGUAUGUUGUGUAUGUGUGUUUAUUAAACGUUUUGAAGUGCCCUGAUAGUAUUGAGGACCACCUAAGUUCCUUGGAAAGAUGUAUAUACCUGUACUGUCUUUCAGAUUAAGUGAUAUAUCUUGGAAAUAUAUAUAAAAAACAUU